GGACGGGCGGCUGAUUUCUGGCGGCGGUGGCGGCGGGAGAGGAAGUGACGAGGGGCGGGGGGGGAGCCGGAAGUGGAGCUCGGGGUUGCCGUGGAGACGCCGCCAUGGCGGAGAGCGGCUGGGACGCGUGGAUGGUGGAGAGUCUGCGGCGGUAUAACGACCUUCAUGUGUUUGAGCUGCAGGAGCCGACAAGAGUUCUAGAGUGGAUUCAGGACCGAAGUGUCUGUGUCGCUGGCUACAGCGCUGGGAGGAAGAAUGAAAUCCAGGAGCUCUCCCUCCCUCAGAAACUCUCGGCUAAAGAAAAGCAGGGACUUUGCCCCGAGAGAGAUUUCCAUGUGGAACAUGGUGGUUUCUCCCAGAGGCCCAUUUACCAGUUGAAGCACAUUGCGGGGACCAGCCUGUUGGUGAGCAGUGGCCCCCCAGACUCCUCGCUACAGGUUUGGUGCCUGGCAGCUGACGAGAGCGACACCAUCUCGCUGCUGACCACGUCUCCGCUCACCACCGCCGUCAGUGAGUGGUCACGGAUUUCCGUCUCCUGCUCUCCAACUCCCCGGGUACUUCACGGUUCGAAGAUCAGUGACCUUGCCAUCCAGGAAAUCGUGACACAGUCGGUGCUGUUCUCCGGAGCUGGAGUGGAAGACAAUGAACCAAUCAGUAAGCUGGACUUUCUUGACCAUUCCACCUUUAUCGUCUGCUCUAUGAACGGCCACCUGUGGUUGGCUGACACCCGGCAGUGCCCGAGUCUGAUUGGACACUCAAGCCUGCCUGCUAGCAGCGGCGGCGGCAGCCAUUGGACGAUGGGGUUGGCGCCUGGGUGCUCGAUGGUGGGAAGACUAUCCUCGGCUGGACAGGUGGUGGUGACCGAUUACCGAGACCUGAGCAAGGCCCUGGGGCAGGUGGAGCUGGCAGUACCCAGGCCACUGGCCAACAGUGACCACCUCUGCCUGACCUGGGCACCCCGGCUGCAGCAGCACCUGGCAGUGUCGGGUUUCAAUGGGAACGUUCACAUCUACGACACCAGCUCCUGGUCUUCGAGUCCUGGCCGGGUGGAGCCCACCUUUGUCCACCGGGGCCACAGUGUCAGCGCGGAGCCGGAGCAGGACCUGCCGCUGGUCACCACACACACCUGGCACCCCUGGAAGGAGCGAGUGCUGCUCUCGGCUGCAGACGACGGGUCCUUGCACGUGUGGGACUGGACGGCUUGUACCAGUGCCUGAUCACUGCGCCGUCACCUCCUCUGCUCCCAGGUGACGUGUCCUGGGCUCCUGCUCCCUCCCAAAUCUCACCGUGGCUUCAGUCGGGGAGAGUUGCUGCUGGUGGCCUUAGUCCAGGUCCAUUGCCUGUCCUUGUAACCUUGUGACCGACCCUUCGCCCAUGUGACCCCAUCACUCUGUGACCCCAGUCCCUCUGGAGGCGAGGGUACUGUUUGAUUUUUGUGAGGGAGAAGUUCGCAGGGUUCCUAUUGCUCAAACUGCGGAUGUUCCUGCGUGGGUGUGAGGCAGUACGCAGGAGUGCGUGUGUGUCCGGUGUUGUGUACAUCUAUACAGUUGUCCUGGUUCAGGACUGAGCGGCACCGUGGGCCACUUCACUUGAGGUUCACUGUGGUGAGUGCCAGCCCCGGGCACGGGCGGGACGGGGGAAUCCAACAAACACUCCCUCUGCACCGUGCGUGUUUCACUAGGAUUUACAUAAUUAAACAUCACUUAUUGUGGCCUUUC